ACAGAAAACAAUGGCUAGUAGGAAAAAGAGAUCGCUCCCGCCUUGGUUACAGGGCGUUGUUGUAAAGAAAAACGCACAAAAUGAGAACAGCACUGAGUCUGGAGGAAGAAAGGAAGAAGAUAAAUAUACUGAGUCUGACGGGACAUUUCACUACAAGUACAAAGCAGUUUUGACAAAGACAGUUGGAGGUAUUGCAGUUUUGGGUGAUGGUAAAACAUACCAAAUGAAGAAGCCAGAUGAUUCCAAUAAGGCAGGUGUGAAAACAGACAAGCAGCAAUCAACAGAGGAUCUCAUUGCUUCCACAUACAAGGAAUUUCUGUUCAGCGAAAAACUGGUUUAUUCACAUGAAUCAAGUGAUUGUAAUAUACUAUGUGAAGGUAUCUUAGACACCCUGUCUGGCAGUGUGUCGUAUAUUGGUUUUGACAUUGAAUGGCCAGUUUUGUAUCAAACCGGCAAACAGGCAAAGACAGCUCUAGUUCAGGUGUGUACCAAUAUCUCGAAGUGUUACCUAUUUCAUGUUUCUUGUAUGUCAAAGUUUCCAGUGAUGCUGAGAAAACUUCUUGAAAAUGAAUCUAUAAAGAAAGUGGGAUUGAAUAUAGAGAACGAUAUCUGGAAAUUGGGAUAUGAUUUUGACAUUAAUUCGAAAGAUAUAGUUCAAAAGAGUACCAUCGAGUUAAGAACUCUUGCCAAUAAGAAACUGAGGUCUGCAGAAAAUUGGAGUUUGGAAGGUUUAGCCAGGAAUGUGUUACGUUUAAGGAUCAGUAAAGACCCGGGUAUACGCAAGUGUGAUUGGAGGCAGUAUCCUCUGCCAGAAGCACAGCAGAAAUAUGCAGCCACGGAUGCUGUUGUGUCGUUGAUGAUCUACGAAGCACUGAACAAGCAGUAAUGUGCAGCUGUUAUCGAAUGUUAAGUGAAUUUAUCCUGAAGUUGUUUUUGCUGCUGUAUACACUGUGAGAAAAAAACGUAUAUGCAGAGUUCAUGCAAAAUUACAUUCAUGGUUUACUGGUAUUUAUGUUGUAGGAACAAGUUAUUUGAUAUUUAUUUUGUUUCAUUAUUUAAUAUUACAUUCAUUGAAUUACCUCAUUUUUUAAUACAAUUGCUAUAUAUAACAUUUUUUCCAACAGCUUUAUUACAUUAAUCUUUCCCAAGACAUAUAUUAUACAUGUAUGUUUUUUAUUUAAAUAAAUUUGUUUUGUUUAAAAAAUGUAUUUUCAUAGUUUACAUUUCUUAUUUCAAGAAGUUAUAAUGCACUAAGUCGGAAUUGUAAAUGUUCAAUGAGAGAUCAUGGUUGCAAUCAAAGAUCAAUGCUAAUGCUCUUAGUCGAAAAAAACAACAACCAAGGUCACUAUUAAAGGACCUGAAUUUUCAUAUGAACUUUUAAUAAUGAAUCCUGACAACUCGAAUAAAAAACCAACCAAGGUCAAUAUUUAAGGUAAAAGGACCUGAAUGUUCACAUAAACUUUUGAACUAUUAAUAAUGAAUCCUGACAAGCAUAUACUUAAGGUGAAUGUACUUUGAAUUUCAGUACUUGUACUUGUAUUGCCAAUUGCUAAUAUAGAUGAAUUACCACACAAACAUGAUGCAGCAUCCCUAUCCGAACUGUUUCAGACUCUAGUUACGUCAAAACCUUAAAGGUUUGACCUUGGAAUCACAGACCUAAAGCACAAAUGAAGAUUGAUUCGUUUUCAAUAGCCUACUGGUUGCAUUUUAGGCAAAAUGGAGUACC